AUGGCGGCCGGCGGACGUACACCGAAGCAACGGCGUUUCGAGAUAUCAGCUGUGAUGAGGUCGCCCAGGCGGAGACGUGGUAGCUGCAAGUGUCUCUUUGGAGUCCCCGAUCGGGAUGAGACGAGGCGAUUGAUGGCGGAACAGUACGCGAGGGACAGAAAGCGUUUUAUACGGCGGUUUAACUUUGACGUUGAAACGGAGUGCGCUUAUAAGCCUAGUAAGUUGGACUCGCCAGUGAAGUUCAGUGGAGGGAAAGAGAACAGUCCAAGGACAGCUGUAGAGGCGUUAUCCUGUGUUGAGAAUACAGAUAGGGUGCUGGGCUCCCCGUCUAGGAGGAGCGCUGGGAGCUCGCCUCGGACGCCGCGUACUCCUCGGACGCCCAGGGCAGCUAGAACUCCACGUACGCCGAGAACUCCGGCGUCAAGAAGACAGCUACAAAUGACAGACUACUGGACGUUGCGGAAGCACGCAGACUCGGGACCGGAAAAUAAAGAAAAUUAG